UGACCCAACAGCGUGAGCGCCGCUAACGAGCUGAUUGUUCGGGACAAGAACUAACGGAAUCCACGAGUGGGAAGGGAAGGUCCUGCUUCGUGAAAACAGACGGACAUGAUUGUCGUUUUAAUGGGAGUGUGCGGCAGCGGGAAGACCACCAUUGGCUUAUAUCUUGCGAAUAAGCUUGGAUGGACAUUUCAUGAUGCUGAUGACUAUCAUCCCCAAGCCAACAAAGUAAAAAUGGCUAACGGAGUACCAUUAAAUGAUCAGGACAGAAUCCCUUGGCUCCUUGUUUUACAUAACAUAUUGGUUAGGGAAAUGCAUUCUGGGAAUCAUGCUGUGUUAGCCUGUUCAGCUUUGAAGAAAGCCUACCGGCGCAUAUUACUUCGAGGGUCAGUGGCUCUGCAUGGAACCUCAGUGGAGGAAGCCAGCACACCAAAAGACAUCCUGUUUGUUUAUCUUCAUGCAUCAGAUGAGCUCAUCUCUCAGCGACUUGCCAAACGAAAGGGACACUUUAUGGCUGAAAGUUUAGUGCCAUCCCAGUUUGCUGUGCUGGAACCGCCCACAUCCCCAGAGCACUUCAUCACCGUGGACACAGAGAAGAGCAUAGCAGACAUUGUGGCUGAGAUUGAAAAAGCACUGCCUGCCGAUUUGUAACCAUGGAAACUGUCUGCUCAUCCAGCCGACAUCACAACACAGUUCUGUGGGGCCUUUCCUGAAAUGGAGGGGCAUGAGACCUGAGGCCCUUCUAGUUCUUGAGCAGCUAAACUGAAGUCAUGGUUGCCAAGUACAGGAAAAGGUCACCAAGCAUUUAUAUUAAACUAGACAUUAAGCCCAUUACAAGAACGGCCGCUAGAACAGUAGUGCAUAAACAUUAGUAGGAACAGUCUAUA